GUGUGGCUCUUCCAAGGUUGGUGUGAAAAACAGUUUUGGACUGAUUACACAAAUAGUGGACAUCAAAAUGAAGAUCCUAUUCUUGCUGUGUAUCUGUAAUUUCUUCCCAGGAUCAGUCUUUGGACAAAUGAAGGUUAUAACAGCUCCAUCCUUACAAGGCUAUUCUCAUGAAGACAUCAAACUGCCUUGUGAUGCCAGUCUUAACAGGAAUGACAUUAGGCUGAUGUGGAUAACAUGGAUUCAGAAUGCUACGAAGGUUUACGAAUAUGAUGGAUCCAGUGGAAAACAGAUUGUAGAAAUACCAGGAUACGAUAUUGAUCUUAAGCAAGUAGAGCAAGGAGAUAUAGCCUUGACAAUAGCAAGGAAUACUUUAACACCUGGAGUAUAUACAUUUAAAUGUGAAGUAACAGAAGGCUCAGCUGAAGGCAGAGGAGAAACUACACUAACAGUAAGAGCACCACCUCAGAUUUUGACUGUUAAUGCAGCAAGAAGUGUCACUGUCAAAGAACUACCAUAUGACCUGACAUGCAGUGUACCUAACCUGAGAUGGAACAAGGUGGAAAAAAUGACCCUUACUUGGAAAGAGAAUGGAAAGGAUCUGUGUUUCUUUGAUGGAUCCAAUAGUGAUGCACAACAGUCCAAGAAAUGUCACUGUGUUGAAUGUUACCCAUCUCUGUGCUUACUUACUUUAAGAGAUGCCCACAUAUCAGAUGUUAAUUAUACAUGCAUUGUAACUGAAGGAAAUGCAGAAGGAAAUGCUGCAAUAGAAGUAACAUUUAAAGCACCACCUCAGAUUUUGACUGUUAAUGCAGCAAGAAGUGUCACUGUCAAAGAACUCCCAUAUGACCUGACAUGCAGUGUACCUAACCUGAGAUGGAACAAGGUGGAAAGAAUGACCCUUACUUGGAAAGAGAAUGGAAAGGAUCUGUGUUUCUUUGAUGGAUCCAAUUUUGAUGCACAACAGUCCAAGAAAUGUCAUUGUGUCAAGAGUUACCCAUCUCUUUGCUUACUUUCAUUAACUGAUGCCCACAUAUCAGACGUUAAUUAUACAUGCAUUGUAACUGAAGGAAAUGCAGAAGGAACCGCUACAAUAGCAGUGAAAUUUAAAGAUUGAAGUCAUCACAUGUUGGAGGAGCAGAAUCUUUCUGGAAGGAGAAGAAUACUUUCUUGUAAAGUUUAAAAAGUGGCUCUUUACAAAGAUGCUUUAAUCCUUUCUAUGCUAAAACAACCUGCUAUGUCAACACAGCUUGUCAUGUUACUUGGCUACCUAUUGAAAAUCUACCUUAAUCUCUUAAUGAUUUGGUGUUUGCUUAAAAAAUACCUGAAUGUUUUGAUAAUUAGUUAAGUAGAAAGUCUAAAAGCUCAGUGGCAUUGUAAGUGUAGAUUUUAAGAAUGCUACUGUGGGGUGAUGUUUGGUUAUAAGAGAUACGUAAUGGCAGAAGCACAUGAGCUCUGAAAUCACUUUUCAAACUUAUAAAAUACAUUUUUUUAAAAUGCAAAGUUAUCUUGGAGACAGGAUGUCAACAUCAUUCCUUGAAUAGUUUUAAAAGAUCAGAAAAAGAGCUGAUCAGAGAGAAGAAAGGAGGAAGCUAAAGUCAAGGCAAGAAUUCUCUUAAUCACUGCUGACACUUCAAGCAACGCAAAAAAUGGGCCACCUGGAAAGACCAAAUAUCUAGCAGUACCAGGUUGUAUUGGUGCUUAUUGCAAUCCUUUGUUUGCUUUUGUUUAUGGCACUAUUUGAAUAAUGUUUAAAACUGUUUUUUAAAGCGUGCUUUCAUGUUUCAUCUGAAGACAGUAUAGAUUCAAUACAUUAAACAAAAUGUUUUUGGAGAAAGACAAAUUAAAAUCUCAUGGUAUUAUGGUCACUAAAGGUGAAAAUGAUACAGGACUUUAGAAUAUCAGUCUUUUAAUUAAAUUAGCAGUGCAAAAGUUCUUAGACUCUUAGGAAAUUGUUCAUAUCUUGAAGGUGCUCAGUAGCCACGGUGGAGAGCUUGUCAUGUCAGAAUAGAGGAGUACAUGUCCUCAUUUUUUUGAAAAAUAAAACAUUGUAAAAACAAAAAAAAAAAAGAUAAAUAGGUCAUAAUCAGGCACCAUUUAAUACUUUUAACUUCACCACAACUAACUUUGCCUUUAAAAUAAAAUAGAUAAAUCUUUUUCAAGAGUCCCUUCUCCAUGUGGGCUGAUAGUCUCAGUUAUUUUUUAACUGUGUUGAUGGCUUGAUUUUUUUCCCUCAAAUUUAACUAUGAUGUAGGAAAGAUCCAACGAAAACGCCUGCCUUUUCAUAAAUAAAUGUUAUUGAGCUGGUCUUUACUGUACAGUUUUUUCACUGCAUGGAAUAAUAAAUCUAUAAAAAAUAAAAAUAAAAUAUUUUUUAACAGUUGGUUAGGCAAAGGUAUAUUAUUAGUCAGCUUUUUGACUGCCAAUGAGGUACUUUGUGAUUUUGAAACUGUAGAGGGAGAAGUGCUGCUCAGAUUUAAAAGGCUGAAAUCUAACAAAUCACCAGGACCAGAUAACAUUUAACCUCAAGUGCUUAAGGAGGUAAGUGAGUGUGUAUGUAUAACCUUGACAAAUAUUUUAGGACGCCACUGCGUACUGAGGAAAUUUCCAAGUACUGGAAAAUGGCAUCUACAUAGAAAUAUAAAAAACAUGGUGGUUAAAUUUGCAAAUUAUACCAAAUUAUGUGGGAUAUAAGUCAUUAAAAAGGACAGUAUACAGUUUUGGACAUAUUUGUGGCAGUAAAGUGUUCAAAAUUAUGAAAGGAAUUAGUACAGUGGAUCAAGACUGGUCGAGAAGUUGUUAAAUUUCGCUCUCACAUUUGAAAGUUUUUUGUCACAGAGAACCAUAGACACCUGAAACAAAUUAGCAAGUAGUGUGGUAAAAAGUAGGACUUUAGAGACUUUCAAAACUUGUCAAUGUCAUUUUAAGAGAUUUUGGCAAGUUUUUUUGACUGAAUGGCCUGGUCUUGUAAUUUUUCUAAUGUUCUAUUUGUUCACAUAUACAGAAUCACUUAAUCAUUACAUGUGUUACAGUAUGGGUGAGUGUUUUAUAAAGAAAUGUGUAUUUCCUGCUAUUACAAAAUAUUAAUAAUUAAAUUGCAAUUUCAUUCUA